GGAAGAGGUGAAUGUGAGAGACAGGAAGCUCUGGUUGAACAGCAUGAAAGAUUUAUGCCAUCAAACUUUUAGUUUUGAUUACUAGUUUUAAUUAAUACACAUUUUUUUGCAGGACUGUGUUUUAUCCUAGCAAAUUUUACUGGCUAUCAUGUUUCAAUUUACAGCUACACUGACUUGAACUUUUCUUCAUUAGUUCCUGUCUACAUCUCCUGUUCUGAACUGCAUUGUAUGGCUGUUUUCACCAGUCCUCCUUCCCUUCGGUUAUGGGGUAAAAAAGUAAAUUCCCCCAAAAUAAAUUGAAGGAGACUGAGGGGAGAAGUUGUAUUUUAACUUGUGAGGGGAAAAAAACUUGACUUGGAGGAGACUGAGGGGGCCAUCUGCUGCUUCCUCAUGAGGGGAAGCAGAGGGGCAGCUCCCAUCUCUGCUCUCUGUGACCAGGAACAGGACUUGGAGAAUGGCCUGAAGUUGUGUCAGAGGAGGUUAGGCUGGAUAUCAGAAAAGGUUCUUCCUCCAGAGGGUGUGGGGCACUGCCCAAGCUCCCCAGGGCAUGGCCACGGCCCCAAGGCUGCCAGAGCUCCGGGAGCGUUUGGACAACGCUCUCGGGGAUGCACAGAGUGGGACUGUUGGUGUGUCUGUGCAGGGCCAGGACACGUUUCCAACCCGGCAUAUUCCCAGCUCACAGCUCCACAGCAGCGCCCAGGGACAGAGCCCGGGAACCCUGCGGCUCCUCCCGGGGCAGAACAGGCCCUGCGGGGCUGCGUGAAGGCGGCGCCACCGCAUUCGCCCAUUCGGGGCCGGGCCCGAGCCGGCCGCCGUCGCGCCGGGCGGGGCCGCGGGAGGAGCGCGGCGGGGCCGGGAUGGCGGCGCGGUGCUGCCAGGCCGGGCUGAGCUGCGGGGCUCUGCUGUCCCAGGCUGUGCUGUCUCAGGCUGUGCUGUCCCGGGCCGCCGGCGGGGCCCCGGCCACGCCUCACUGGGGACGCGCCGCUUUUUCGUCGGCGCCCGCGGUGAGCGGCAGGGAAGGGCCGCAGCCUCGGGAAGGUUCAGUAAGGAGAAGAGGCAGGACACCACAGUUUGUAAGAUCAGCUGCACCCCCCAGGACGGAGAGGAUGGCUGUGGAUCAGGACUGGAGCAGUGUGUACCCAACAGCAGCUGCCUUCAAACCUGCUUCUGUGCCUCUCCCAAUCCGAAUGGGUUACCCAGUGAAGAGAGGAGUGCCUCCACCAAAAGAAGGAAACCUAGAACUUAUCAAGAUCCCCAAUUUUUUGCAUCUUACUCCUCCUGCAAUUAAGAAGCACUGUGCAGCUCUUAAAGAUUUCUGCACUGAAUGGCCAAGUGCUCUGGACAGUGAUGAGAAAUGUGAACAGCAUUUUCCCAUUGAAAUUGAAACAGUAGAUUAUGUUUCUUCAGGGACUUCUAUUCGGAAUCCCAAAGCAAGAGUGGUGACCUUAAGAGUUAAACUUUCUAACCUGAAUUUGGAUGACCAUGCAAAGAAGAAGCUCAUUAAGCUCGUGGGAGAGCGGUACUGUCAGAAGACAGAUGUGCUCACAAUUACAACAGAUAGGUGUCCCCUGAGAAGACAGAACUAUGAUUAUGGCAUGCACCUGCUCACAGUUCUGUACCACGAAUCCUGGUUUCUUUCAAGGCCUGCUGGAGAGAUGUUGAAAGACAGAAUUGAUACAGAACAAGUGUGUUUACAGCACUGAGAUGGUGGUGUCUUCUUCUGAUCCUGUCUAAUUUUGCAGCACUGAUUAGGUAAAGAUCAGCACCUUGUGGAUAGAGAUUCUAUUGAGCAAUGUAUUUUGCAGGAAGAAGAAGUGGAUUUGUUGGUGGUGCUUUUCUUUGUGUGUCACAUCAUGGGUUACUCAUUAGGCACUGUCUCACUUUCCCCCCCACCAGCCAGUG